GUGAAUUUGCGCAGUAACAAAAAUGACAAACGCUAGCGAAGUAACGCUAGCGUUCGGCGCUUCGGCGCUUAGUGAAUUUGCCCCAGUGUCUCUUCUGCCUGCAUGUUAGUACCUCCCUGAAAUACAGUAAUAAACUGGACCUUGUUCUUUCUAAACCAAUUUUUGGGUUGCAAAACUGUCUUCAAGAAAGACUCUGGGUCCCUUAAGAAAAAAAUGGAAAUAUAUCCCCUUUUAUGAAAUGAGCUCAUUGAGUUGGGCUUAUGUAGAAAAGAUGCAUAAAUGCUGAACACUAUUUGUACUGUCAACAGUAAAAGAUACAUUUAUUAUUUCACCUGACUGCAGUUAAUUAUAUGUACACCGAAGUACAGACUAUGUCAGCACAUAGACAGUUAAAGUUAUAGUGGCGUACGGAUGUGGUGGGUGUGCCUUCAGCUGCUUACCCUUUGCACAGCCCUUCUCUCUGACUUUCUCAUUCACUCUUUCUCGCUCCUGUUAAAAAAUGUCUGCGGAUAUUGUCCUACUCGCUACAGUUUCUUUGAUUUCUGCCUGCCAGCAAGCAUACUUUGCCAAACUUGUGGGAAAAUAUCGAAUGAAACAUAAGGUCAUUCCUCCUGCAGUUACUGGACCUCCAGAGUUUGAAAGAGCAUUCAGAGCACAGCAGAACUGUGUUGAGUUUUCUGCAAUAUUUUUGGUUGAUCUUUGGGCUGCAGGAUGGUUUUUUAAUCAAGGAUUAGCAGCAGUAUUUGGAUUUGUAUACAUUUAUGGGCGCCAUUUAUACUUUCAUGGCUAUGUGGAGUCAGCUAAAGGAAGGCUUCCAGGAUUUUCACUAUGUAAACUGUCCCUGGUCUGCUUACUGGUCAUGGCUUCAGUCGGUCUUAGCAACAGCUUCCUAGACAAAUACUGUGACAUCAACCUGUUUGGCCGACUACAACGUCUGAUAUCUGGAUGAGGAAGCAGAUAAUGUACAAUAUUGGGGGAAGUGGUUUUACAGUUCAUUGUUCUUUUCCCAUGUAUUUUAGAGAAAUAAAGAUAGAGAAUUGAUGAA